AUGGACCCCGUGCGGCCCCAGUGCCGGGGCGCCGGGCCCUUCCGCCUGCCCUGCCCUGCCCCCGGGCCCCGGCCGGCCCCCGAGCCUGCCGCCCUGGGCAGGGUGCUGGGGGCCCUGGGCGAGGCCAAGCGCCCGCCGGAGCCCGGGCGCCAGGAGCCGCUUCCCUCCCAGGUGUCCUUGUCCUCCCUGCUGUGGGACCUGGGCUUCGGGACGGACCCGUCUUCCGCCCUGCAGCGCAGGGACGGGCCCGGCGCUGGGUCAGAGCCCGCCGCCUCGCCGCCCGGCCUCAGCCCCCCGACAGCUCCCUGGGCCCUCUCCCUCCCCCCCUCGCUGCCGCCGGCCGGCCCGCUCGCCCCCGCGCCCGACCUCCCCCCGGCUGCCAGCAGGCAAGCAGCAGCGACGAAGCCGGCGUCGAAGGGAACCGCUUUACCGCUGGGCCUGAACGUGGUGAAGAUCCACUGCCAGAACGAAGCCGUUUACCAGUACCACGUGUCGUUCAGCCCCAGCGUGGAGUGCAAGAGCAUGCGCUUCGCGAUGCUGAAGGAGCACCGGGCGGUGACGGGAGACGUCACCGCGUUCGACGGCUCUAUCCUCUACCUGCCCAUCCUGCUCCCGCAGCCAGUCGAUCUGAAGUCUCAGAGGAAGACGGACGGGGAGCAGAUCAGCAUAACCAUUCAGAUGACCAAGGUCUUGGAGCCCAGUUCGGACCUGUGCAUCCCGUUUUACAACGUGGUUUUCAGGAGAGUGAUGAGAAUUUUGGAUAUGAAACUUGUUGGGAGAAAUUUCUUUGACCCUACCAGGGCUGCCGUGCUACAGCAUUACAGGCUGCAGAUUUGGCCAGGGUACGCCGUCAGCAUCCGGAAGAGGGACGGAGGUCUCUUCCUCUCGGUAGAUGUCAUCCACAAAGUUAUCCGGAGCGAUUCUGUCCUGAAUUUCAUGCAUGCAAUCUACCAGCAGAGCGUAAGCAGCUUCCAGGAUGAAUGCACCAAGCAGCUGGUCGGCAGCGUGGUCAUCACCCGCUACAACAACCACACGUACCAAAUCGACGAUAUUGACUGGAACAAGACCCCCAAGGACAGCUUCACCCUGGCCAGUGGCGAGGAGAUCACCUUUGUGGACUACUACAGCAAAACCUACGGGAUCACAGUCAGAGAGCUGGACCAGCCGCUGCUGAUUCACAGGCGCAAGGAGAGGCUGACGCCGGAGGGGAAGCAUCAGCUCAACAUGAUACUGCUUGUGCCAGAGCUCUCUUUUAUGACCGGGAUCCCUGAGAAGAUGAGGAAGGACAAUCGAGCGAUGAAGGACCUGAUGUACGAGAUGUCGCACAGCCCCAAGCAGCACUACACGCGCCUGUGCAGCCUCCUGCGCAGGAUCGAGGAGAACGCGGACGCCGCGCGGGAGCUCAUGCGCUGGGGCCUCCGCCUGGACAAGGACAUCUGCAGGACCCGGGGCCAAAUCCUGCCCAUGGAAAGGAUCAACUUGAGGCACAGCACCUUUACUCCCUCCGAAGACCUGAACUGGAACAAAGAAGUGAUACGGGAAGUCUGCAUCUCCGCGAUUGCCAUGAAUUACUGGGUGCUGGUUUACCCAAAGCGCGUGCAGGACCUAGCAAAAGAGCUGGUGGCCACGAUGGAGAAGGUGUGCGGCCCGAUCGGCAUGCAGAUAAACCCACCUGCCUGGGUGGAGCUGAAGGACGACCGGAUCGAGACCUACGCCAAGACUAUCAGAUGCGUGCUGGCUAGCGAGCAAAAGGUGCAGAUAGUGCUCUGCAUUACUACUGGUAACAGGGAGGACUUGUAUGGAGCCAUCAAGAAGCUGUGCUGUGUGCAGUCCCCAGUGCCGUCGCAGGUCAUCAACGCACAGUCCCUCAUGGGCCAGGCCAGCAAGAUGAGGAGCGUAGCCCAGAAGGUCCUGCUGCAGAUGAACUGCAAGCUCGGCGGGGAGCUCUGGGGAAUCGACAUCCCCUUGAAACAUCUGAUGGUCGUCGGCAUGGACGUGUACCACAACCACAGCAGGGCGAUGCGAUCCGUGAUCGGCUUCGUCGCCAGCACAAAUCAGAUCCUCACGAAGUGGUACUCGAGGGUCGUGUUCCAGAUGCCGCACCAGGAGAUCGCCGACAGCCUGCGGCUCUGCCUGGCCGAUGCCCUGCAGCGCUUCCAUGAGGUGAAUCACUGCUUGCCCAAGAAGAUCGUGAUUUACAGAGACGGCGUGUCUGACACCCAGCUCGACACGGUGGUGAAGUACGAAAUCCCGCAGCUGCAGAAGUGCUUCGAAACCUUUGCAAACUACAAGCCCAGUAUGGUGUUUGUCGUGGUGCAGAAGCAGAUCAGCACCAACUUCUACUCGACUGUGGCGGAGAACUUGGUGUCCCCUCCGCCGGGGACCGUCAUUGACCACACGGUCACUAGCUCGGAGUGGGAGGAUUUCUUUCUGUUGGCCCAUUGCUCCCGCCAGGGCUGCAGCAUCCCCACACGCUACAUCUGUGUGCUGAACACCGCCAACCUCAGCUCCGAGCACCUGCAGAGGUUGACUUUCAAGCUCUGCCACUUGUACUGGAACUGGCCGGGCACUAUCCGGGCGCCCGCACCUUGCAAGUACGCUCACAAGCUGGCCUUCCUCUCGGGGCAGGUGCUGCACCACGAGCCUGCCAUCCAGCUCUGCGACAAGCUCUUCUUCCUAUAGCCGGGAGGGCGGGAAGCGCCGGGGACCGGCGCUCCCGCGAGCACGCACGGCGAAGGGGCACUGGCCGGGCUCGGCGCAGGGUGCCCCGAGCCAGUCCUGUUAAGUCUCCUGCAAGGGGAGUGUUUUUCCUUAAGUUUGUUUUUAUGAAUGUAUACAUAUGGUU